AUGGCACUGCUUCUUGACCGACUAGGAGACGAGGUCCCCAUCACAGAGGAAGUGGUCAAGGCGGCAGUAGGGAACGAAGGGAAUGGCCAGGAGGCGAUGGCACUGCUUCUUGACCGACGAGGAGACGAGGUCCCUGUCACAGAAGAAGUGGUCAAGGCGGCAGUAGGGAACUAUUGGAAUGGCAAGCAGGUGAUGGCGCUGUUUCUUGACCGACAAGGAGACGAGGUCCCUGUCACAGAAGAAGUGGUCAAGGCGGCAGCAGGAAACGGGAGGAAUGGCAAGGAGGUGAUGUCGCUACUUCUUGACCGAAGCUUACUGACCAGAUCCUUUAUCUCUAAUGCUGUUUUACGUAUUGCUGCUGCUUGUGGCUAA